AGAGACAUCAUCCCUGGGGAGCUAACCUGCCCAGUGACGUCAGCAGCAGAUGGCAUCACUGACUUUACUGCUGCUGAAGAGAGAAGAGGAGAGAAGAGGAGAGAAGAAGAGAGAAGAGGGAGGAGGAGGACUGAUAUCUGCUGCUGAACACUGGUUUGAUUGUCUUGAAGCUUCAGGAAGAUGCUCUCUGGAAUUUAACUCCAACAUUGGGAGAACAUGCUGACUUGUGAUGAGCCGCCCUCCAGCCGCACCAGCGAUCCCUUCAGGGCCAGCUGGGCCACCAACCAAUUAGUCAGGUCGGUUAAGCCUGAGCCGGGCAGAGCCCCGGAGGACACGUUUGAGUCCAGGGGAGAGGAUGGAGAGAGGGGUGGCAGAGAUGAGGAGGAGGAGGAGGAAGAGGAGGAGGAGGAGGGGGAAGUAGAACAAGCAUGCGGUUUGAGAAGAAGGGGUUCUCAUAAAAAGAAAGGGAGCCAGGACCGGGUUCGACUGCGACGCAUUGAGGCAAAUACGCGGGAAAGGAACCGGAUGCAUGGUCUGAACUGCGCGCUCGACAGUCUGAGGAAAGUUGUUCCCUGCUACUCCAACAUGCAGAAACUCUCCAAAAUAGAGACGCUCCGCUUGGCCAAGAACUACAUCUGGGCCCUCGGUGACAUUCUGAGCACCGGGAAAAGGCCGGACCUACUCACGUUCGUCCAGACUCUGUGCAAGGGACUCUCCCAGCCCACCACGAACCUGGUGGCCGGCUGUCUGCAGCUCAACACCCGCAGCUUCGUCUCGGAGCCAGGCGGGGAGUCGUUCUCCCUCUACCCCGGCUCUCAACACCACCACGGGCCUGAGGGAGUCGGCUCCAGCUCGGCGGACAGUGGCAGGCCCCUCCGGCCCUUCUGCGGCUCGGCUCUGUAUGACAGUCCCUCCCCAGACAGCCCCAGCCCCCUGGAUGCAGCGACCCUCAGCCCACCUAUUAACUUCAACGGGAUUUUCUCCCUGAAACACGAGGAGCCGGUGGACUACCGGAGCUGUCACUACGGCCUCCGCUACUGCUCCAUCAGCCAGGGCUCUUCUGCAGGCCUCAGCCCGUACGACAUCCACCUGCGGGGCCAGUUUUACCAGGUGCAGGAGGAACUAAACAAGCCUUUCCAUAAUUAAUGAACCCUAUGGACAUGUAGAUUAGCCUACAUUUAAUCCCAAUCGUCCCGUUGUUAACGAAACUGUUUUGAACAUGUUGUGGGCGUUGGCUGCUGCCCACAGAUGAGUUAUAGUUAAUUAAUCUUAUUAAUCUUAAUUGAAUGCUAAUUGUCAGGGGACCCGCGCCUUUUGUCGAGGAAUGCUGCUGUGGUCCUAGAAAGACAGGUGUGACACACACACACACACACACACACACACACACAGGUGGACGCAGGCCAGUGAUAUUUUGCAUUUUUGGUUUUGACAUGUUUGGUUCUUUAGUUGAAUCUUUACUGAAACGGAUCACAGCGCAAUAACAGAAAAUAAAGGCGCAGGGAACUAUGCAAUCUGCAUUUCUCAAUAUCGGUAUAAAUGAAUUCAAUGUUUCUUUCUUCAGAUUUUGUGAUUUGUGGAAAGUGUUGAGUGAAACUUUCAUUGAAAAUAUGUACAUAACGAAUUAUAUGUUUGUAUAUGGAAAUGUACAGCCAUCAGGCCCACAUUGAUGUAGAUAUUGGUGGUAAUAAUGUCGCCUGACGCGCAGGCCUUACCAUGUUCGGGAGAUUCUUUAACGAUUAAAUAAUGCAGAAUAAAUAUUCCCAUUGCGGCUAUUUAAAAUAAUUUGACUUAAUGUACAGACAGAUUAAAUGUACACACACUAUUUGUUGUUGUGUUGCUACAGAUGGGCCGACAUAAGAAUGUGCUGUUGACAUGUGAUGCCCAUAACCUGUGGAUGUAUUUUGGCCCUCGGUGAGCGUGGGUGGGUGAGCGUGGGAGGAGGAGGGGGGGGGGGGGGGGGGGUAAUUUAUAAUUGCAUCACAAACUUGACUGGUGCAACGUGUGUGUCUGUAACGUUGGCGUUUUAUUGGCAAAUUGUUCUGAGAUAAGAAGUGGAUUUUUGUGAAUGAUCUGUUCUGGUGCACUAUAAAUGUGUUUCAUUUAACUUUGUCACAGCUUUGUUUCACUCAAGAAAUAAAACACAAGUUAAAACAAAUGAUGAAGGUUUACGGGAUGUUCCUAAACUGUGUUCUCUGCGCGUGUUCUUGUUUGAUUUCAUUUAGAUUCAACUCCAACUUGUUUUUGGAGGAAAUCUAUCGAGAUGUUUAUGAUUUUCAGUCUAUUUUG